UCCGUCUUAUUACGGUGUAUGUUUCGAUGUCUGGUUGUCUUUUUAUAAUUUAAAACUAUAAAGCGAUAAAACCGUAUCUAAAAGACAGAACAAUCAGACACCCCAAAAAAACAAAAACAAAAACAAAAAACUUCUUUUCUGGUUCUAAGACGGACAAUAUUUUCACCGAUCUGUCCUUUUGAUCUCUGAUUCUUCUUCAAUGGCGUCGACAACGCGAGAAAAGCUCGUAUCUUUCAUUAACAACAGAUGGCUCGUCUUCGUUGCCGCCAUGUGGAUACAGUCAUGCGCCGGCGUCGGUUACUUGUUCGGAAGCCUUUCUCCGGUCAUCAAAAGCUCCCUGAACUACAACCAGAAGGAGCUCGCUAGACUCGGUGUCGCUAAGGAUCUCGGCGACAGUGUUGGCUUCCUCGCCGGGUACCUCUCGGAGAUGUUGCCUCUCUGGGCCGCUCUUCUCGUCGGCGCUGUUCAGAACCUCGUCGGUUACGGAUGGGUUUGGCUUAUCGUCACUGGACGAGCUCCGAUUCUUCCUCUAUGGGCUAUGUGCAUUCUCAUAUUCGUUGGGAACAAUGGAGAAACCUACUUCAACACGGCGUCACUAGUCUCUGGUGUUCAAAACUUCCCAAAGAGCCGAGGUCCAGUGGUGGGUAUCCUCAAAGGAUUCGCUGGGCUAGGAGGUGCAAUGCUCUCUCAGAUAUAUACAAUGCUCAACUCUCCUGACCCUGCAACUCUCAUUUUCAUGGUCGCCGUUGCCCCCGCGGUUGUUACCGUUUCCCUAAUGUUCUUCAUCAGACCCGUCGGUGGUCACAGGCAGAUUCGUCCCACCGAUGGAGCUAGCUUUACUUUCAUCUACGGCGUCUGCCUUCUCCUCGCUGCUUACCUCAUGGCCGUUAUGCUUAUCGAAGAUCUCGCCGUCGUUAGCCACAAGGUUAUCACCGCGUUCACCAUUGUCUUGUUUUUCAUUCUUCUCGCACCGGUCUUGGUCCCUAUCACGACGAGUUUCUUCAGCGAUUCGAACGGUCCUGCUGAUACAGUGGAGGAACCACUUGUGCCUAAACGGGAAGAAGACCAAGAUCCUGGACUCAGGACACCUGACUUAAUCCUGAGCGAAGUGGAAGAUGAGAAACCGAGAGAUGUGGAUCUGCUUCCUGCGUCAGAGAGGCAUAAGAGAAUCGCUCAUCUGCAAGCGCAGCUGAUGCAGGCGGCUGCGGAGGGAGCGGUCCGGGUUAAGGGACGUAGAGGGCCACACAGAGGUGAAGAUUUCACGCUAACGCAGGCGCUGGUGAAGGCAGACUUCUGGCUGAUAUUCGUCUCGCUUCUGCUCGGUGGUGGCUCCGGUUUGACUGUGAUAGACAAUCUUGGUCAGAUGAGUCAGUCUCUUGGUUAUGACAACACUCACGUCUUUGUGUCUAUGAUUAGCAUUUGGAACUUCCUUGGACGUAUCUCCGGCGGUUAUUUCUCUGAGCUCGUUGUCAGGGACUAUGCGUACCCAAGGCCAGUAGCCAUGGCCGUGGCUCAGAUAGUAAUGGCAGUGGGACACGUUUGUUUUGCCUUCGGAUGGCCUGGAGCUAUGUACAUCGGCACUCUCUUGAUUGGACUCGGGUACGGUGCUCACUGGGCCAUUGUCCCAGCCACAGCCUCUGAGCUCUUUGGUCUGAAAAAGUUUGGAGCUUUGUACAAUUUCUUGACGCUGGCCCUACCCGUCGGGUCCUUCGUCUUCUCGGGUGUGAUCGCUAGCAGCAUAUACGACAUGGAAGCUGAGAGACAAGCACACGGUUCUGUUUUUAAUCCGGAUGAUGUUCUUAAAUGCGAAGGUUCGAUAUGUUACUUCUUGACGUCGCUUAUAAUGUGUGGCUUCUGUAUCGUCGCUUGUACCUUGAGUAUGAUCCUCGUGCGUCGUACCAAGUCUGUCUACACUCAGCUCUAUGGCAAGUCCCGCACCUAAUCUUGUUCCUUUUGGCUUCUCUUUAUUCAUUGGUUUUGUAUCCAUUUUUUGUUGUUUAUUUUCAGUUUUGUUUGUUGGUUUGUACGUUUCUUUGGAUUCAUAUCCACGGCAACAUCUACGAUUUGUAGAUUUUACAUAAAAAUAUAUUUAGAAUAAAUGUUCCAUUGUUGGAUUA